CGCUACACAUCUGUCCCCACAACUUAAAACAGUUCCGACAUUUUUUAAAUAAGUGAGUAUACAAAACAAUGUCAACAGUAAUUGCUCCAUGUUUUUGGUACCAUGCUAAAUAAAAGGAAUAACAUCAUCAUCAUUAAAACCUGAUGAUUCCUCUGCUUCCUGUAAUCUCAUCAGUUACAGAAUCAUAUUACUGUGGCAGAAUGACCAAUGCAGUCAUUCAUAUUGUAUGACAAGGUUAAAGAGAUGGAAGGCGUGUUCAAUAUCAAUGAGUCAGGUUUAUUGAGCGCUUUUCGGCCCUAUCUUCACUCCACAUGGCCAAGUUGUGUUAUUCUCCUUAAAAGAUGGAUUUGAAAGAUUGCACAUUCAUCACUUCACAAACCUACCUUGCCAAGAUUCAAGAUGAUCGUGGAAAAAUCAGCAUCCUACAACCCUGAACAUUAGGACCAUUUUGUUAUGAUUGAAAGCCUGAAGAAAUUCAUUGAACAAACAAAGGCUAAAUAAUAAAAACUCAAUCAUUAUAAUUAGAAAUACUGACUCAUGGCAAAGUGUUUUUUUUGUACACACACUUAAUGUCACUCAUCAUCAACAGCCACCCACCUGUGCAUCCACUGAAUCGGCAAGUCAAUCAUUCAAUUGAAUUUACGACAAUAUAUCUUAUUGCUGGCUGUGUUCAUUUGCUGCUCUCAUACUUCACUCAGAGAAAAUUAUGCAGCCUUUGCUUUCAUAAAUUCAAUGUCUGUAUGUCUGAGGCUCUGUGUGUGUGUUUCUCUGUGUGUGGUUGUGCGCCCGCGCCAAGCAGUAUUCCCCGAUAACAGGAUUACUAUCUUAAGCCUAUUCACGGUGAGUGAGCCAGCUGGAUGGAUAAAGCACUGUAUCGUUGACUCCGCUGGCGUUACAUCAACAAAUGCAUAAAGAAAGAAGUAGACAACAGCCAUAGCAAAGCUGUUAAUGGGUUAGUGAGGGGAAGGAGAAAGGAUUCCGAACUUUGUAACACACUAGGAAACCACUGAUGCUGAGGGCUAGUGCUUUGGAAGAUGUCAGACAAGGAGCAUAUUCAAUUGUUAGUAGUAAAAUAAAAGCUUUCAUUGUAAAUGGUGCAUUACACUAAAAAAGAGCAUGAACAGACAGACUAGUGGGGGAUAUAGGAGAUUGCAAAUAACGAACAGAAAGAAUUGAUGCACAUUAAGAUCAAGAAUGGCAGUGGUCAGCUGUGUAUUUGCUACUUGAGCCUAGAUUUGCUCUUUAAUUUGUUCUGCAUGGCAAUUAUUUGCCAAGCUGUUAGAUUAUCGACUUUUAAUUACACUGUCAGAUAUGUAAAUGCAGUAUCUAAUCGGAUUAGGCAGAGAUCAAGGGUUUCGACCCCUAUGGGCCCCACUGACAUUGUCGGUAUGUCCUUGAGUAGCAUAAUACCUUGUUGCUUGGAAUUUUCCAUCAUAGAUCAUCAAUGGCGAAAUGGAUUUUAUCUUUUCAAAUGGAGUUUACUUGCAAUUUCUGAGAUCUUUUAUCCAAGUGGAUUUUUUGUAAUUCAAAUUCAAAGCCAGAUGGCUGACAGGGGAGGGGUGUGGCCAUUUUGUAGCUUUUUGACUUAAUAACAGUCCUAAUGUGAAGCAAAGACUCUUUUUCUACAAUUUGGAGAUUAAUUGUCUCAAUUUGGCAAACAUGCAUGGUAGGGCUGUGCCAUCUUAGGCCCUCCUACGAUUCGAUUCGAUUACGAUUCAGGGUGCUACGAUUCGAUUAUUGAACGAUGAUCACGGUAUUGAUGAUGAUCACAAUUAUUACGGUUAUCACAAUUCUCAAUGCAUCAUACAUUACUAAUUAAUAAAGUAGCCAAACGAAUUUAUGUCCAUUCUUUUUUUGAAAUAUCCUAAUGAUUAAAAAAAUUCAAAAACUUAAACCAUUUUAAACGCAGUACUUAUUUCUCAACAUGCCUAUCCAACCCACAGUUGACCUUGAGAUGCUGUUUUUCCAUAAGAAGGUCUAAAAACAUUAACUCUUUCAAAGGCAGUGCUUAUUUCACUCAACAAUGCAAUAAAAUGUACACUGGUGGAAUGAAUUCCACAUUUUCUGGAAACAAACAAAGUGUCUUUACAAAUAAGACUUUUCUCAACCAAUAUACUUUGUCUUCCCAGAUUUCGCAUGUUUGUAGUGUUACCGCUGUACUUAAUCCUGGUUUUAAACGUUCUGCAUCUGGAAUAACUUUUGUAUACCACCAAGCAACGCACAACUUCACAUGGAAAUACAUGUUAGCGAAGUUGCUAAUUAGCAUAGCGCUCGGCGCUAACUAGUAACGUCUCAAAAACAGCAACAAUAAAAGCUAAACAGUACAAGAGGGUUUGUGUACUCACCUCUGAUAGACGUACAUGGGACUUAGCAAAACACUAGCGACUUUUUCCAAUUAACACGACUUGAACCUAUUGCUGGAAAACUGAAAGACAAGAAGCAACAAACUAUCUCUUCUCUCUCGCUCUAAAAAAAUAACUUGCGCACGGAAGAGGACCCAAAGCGCGACUGCCGGGUCCCUGCCGGUCUCAUACACAGAUUUAUUUUCGAGUCUUUUAAAAAGGAGUAAAUCUCUCGCUCAGUAACCAGAUGCAUCAAUCAUAGCAUUGUGCGUGCGUCUGUUAAAGGUGUCCGGGCGGCAGACGAUUCUUGAAUUUCGUUCCGCUACUAGCGGAUGUCCUAAACUUAUUAGGGAAAAAUCAUCAUUUUUUUUAACAUUUAUGAAUCGUACUUGAAUCGUCAUGUGUCGAAUCGCGAUGCGUCUAAUAAUAGAUUUUUUGACACACCCUUAAUGUAUAGUCCAUUGGACUUUCGGUACAGCACAAAAAUGUUUGCAAAAAAUUUCAGUUCAGAUGGUUUUGUUGGUUACUUCAGGGCUUCAUAAAAGCGCUGCCAUUUAGCAAUUAUCCAACAGUCUGAGACAUUUUUGUGGGAGAAAUUCCGAGUCAUUAACACAGAUAUCAAAUGAUGUCAAACCCAAAUUUGACUCAUUUUUCUGCGCUACAGUCAAUGCUAAUUCACUGCUCAGGCCUCUCAUGUGUUGUUUAGUCAUGUUGACAGCUUGCACUUUGGACAGCGGGCCAAAGAAGUCUGACAGCAGUUGGGCAAUAUCUGCUGGAUCCUGUUGUGAUGUGUCACUCUGAAGGGAGAAGUGAGCAGCUCGCAGACAGAUCAGCAGGCAAGAAGCUGUGCGUGCGUGCGCGUGCGUACGUGCGCGGCGAGACAGAUAUUUUUACAUCGAGGGACAGAAUGUCAGAGGGAAUCAAAGUGUGAGAAAGGCAGAGAAAGAUGAUGAAAGGUACGAUGGACAAAGACAGCAGGAAGCGCCUCAGAUAAAUUCCAGGAGACAUCAAUCUACAACGAGAUACUACGCAUCGAGGGCAUCCAGAGGGUGCAGGGGGGUCGCUACUACUGCAAAGCUGACAACGGGGUGGGGGUGGCUGCCAUCAAGUCCAUCCGUGUAGAUGUGCAGUACUUGGACACACCAGUUCUGACAGUUCACCAGACCAUCAGUGAUGUGCGUGGCAGUUACUACCAAGAGAAGACUGUGUUCCUUCGCUGCACCGUCAACUCCAACCCACCUGCCCGCUUCAUCUGGAAGCGUGCAAACAUGCUUAUUGAACAAAGCAAAGACAACGGCGUGGACAUCUAUGAGCCACUUUACACUCAGGGUGAGACCAAGGUCCUGAAGCUGAAAAAUCUUAGAACAAAGGAUUUUUCCGAUUACACUUGCCAGGUUUCAGUUCGUAAUGUGUGUAACAUUGAAGACAAGUCGGUCACCUUCAGGCUCACAAACAACACAUCUCCGCCGAUGAUCCGACUGUCCGUCAAUGACACAGUGGUAGCAGAUCCUGGGCAGGAUGUGGUCAUCAACUGUGAGGUGACCGCGGGUUUUCCGCCACCUACUGUGAUUUGGUCCCGUUACCCUGGACCCCUUCCACUCAACGCCAAGGUUCGUGGGUCUCAGCUGACUUUGAGGGGCGUCACACCAACAGACGCAGGCUUCUAUAACUGCACUGCAGUCAACAAUGUGGGGAACCCUGCCCGUAAGAACAUCAAUAUAGUGGUCAGAACAAUGAGCAACCUGACCUUCCAGAUUACGCCAGACUCCAACAAGGACAGUGAGACCAUUCAAAUGGGUCGGGACCUCAAGUUGUCGUGUCAUGUCGAUGCCAACCCUCAGGACAAGGUCAACUACACAUGGUACAAGAACGGUGCGCUGGUCUUCAACUCGGACAGCCUGAUCUUGCUGCGUAGCGACCCCGAUAUGGCGCCGGGCACUAGCAGCUUGGAAAUCGUGGACAUGAAAUUUCGAGAUUUAGCAACCUACAGCUGUGUGGCAAACUUCCCGGGCAGCAGCGUGCCGGAGCUCCGAGUGGAUGUCAAUAUCUCCCAGAACAGUGUAUCUCCACCAAUACUGACGGUCCCUCCAGGUGGUCAGGCGGUUAGUGCGCGAGAAGGCGGGACUGCUGAGCUUGUAUGCUUAGUAAUAGAUGGGAAACCACGUCCGCCAAUCCUCUGGUCUCGCACUGAAAAGGACCUUCUGAUGCCUUCUGGGAAGGCCGUGAUGGAGACGCCCGACGGCCGCUUGCGGCUGAAGAACGUAAGCCGGGACAUGACGGGGGCUUACCGCUGCCAAACUGCUCCCUACAACGGACUCAACAUUAAACGGCGAGAGGCACAGGUCCAACUCAAUGUACAAUAUCCUCCCAUUGUGGACCCACCAUAUCAGGACACACGUGCAAGAAACUUUCAGAUGGUUACCCUCAGGUGUUUGGUCCUCCGCUCCAACCCGCCACGUAUCACGGAUAUCCGCUGGUACCGCAACGGUGACUUUGUCCGUAUGCCCAUGCCGGACCUAAGGGAGACCCCAGAGCUCAAAUUCAAGCUGGAGCCGACCAACAACGGCUCUUAUGAAUGCAGAGUCAGUAAUAGUGCAGGAACUUCCACAUGCAGAUUUAAUGUCUCUGCUCGUCCCUACAAUGCUGAAUUCUACUAUGACACACCCAACCCGGUGAGGAUUCUCAAAGGGAAUAACUACUCCUACAACCUGCAGUGGACCCAAAAAGACCCAGAGGCCACAGAUCGGAUUAUCGGCUACUCGAUUAAUGUCCAAAAGAAUAAGCAGGACGUGCUGUCGAGGCAUUUCGACCUCAAAGGCAAAGAACCAGAGAAGGGGGUACUGAUGUCCUACACCAUUACCGACCUGAGAAUCCCCCUUUCUUAUGAGGUCCUACUGGCUCCCAUCACCACCUACAGCCCAGGGGAAAUUGCCACUCGCACCAUCCAGUACUCUGAGCCAUACACCUACCCAAGACCCUCAGACCAUGUGUGUGGGUUUGAGGAUGAGAGGAUUUGUGGUUUUUCACAAGACCGAAGUGACGUGUUUGACUGGACGCGACAGAAUCACCUGACCCAGAAUCCAAAACGGUCAGCCAAUACAGGCCCGGAGACGGACCGCAGCGGAACCAAAGAGGGCUACUACAUGUACAUUGAAGCUUCAAAACCGCGAGUUCAAGGGGACAAGGCUCGUCUGCUUUCUCCACUUUUUAACGUAACCACAGUGAGGGGCCCCAAGGGGUCUAACAGAGUCCCUUACUGCGUCUCUUUCUACUACCACAUGAAGGGCAAACAUAUUGGCACUCUCAAUGUUCUUUCAAGAGUAAGAAGCAUUGGCACUGCUUCUGUGGACUCAAAGUUGUGGACCAAAUCGGGACAUCAGGGCCCCAACUGGAAGAAGGCCUACUUUGACAUGAGUCCCAGUGGACCAUUUCAGAUUGUCUUUGAAGGAAUUCGAGGGUCAAACUUCGAGGGCGACAUCGCAAUCGACGACGUGUCCAUCACCUUGGGCAAAUGCAAGCAAGAGAACACUGUUGCCAGUGCAGGUAAGACAGGUAAGAUAGAUUGGGAAAUGGUUUAUAAACCAGAGUUGAACAUGAAUUACAUUAAAAUAUAUGAAGGGGCCUUUAACUUCGAUGAAGAACAUGAAUGUCCAAGAGAAGUUUACUUACUGUGUUAAGGACGUAAUGUUGUCAUAAUACGCAAAUAAUACAUUUUGGGCUGUCAAAAUUUUCGCGUUGACGGGCGGUAAUUAAUUUUUUUAAUUAAUCACGUUAAAAUAUUUGACGCAAUUAAUACACAUGCCCUGCUCAAACAGAUUAUAAUGACAGCUCAGUGCCAUGUCCACUUGUUACUUGUGUUUUUUGGUGUUUUUUCGUCCUCUGCUGGCGCUUGGGUGUGAUUGAUUUUACCACAUUGCACCAUGAGCAAUGUGUAAUUAUUGACAUCAACAAUGGCGAGCUACUAGUUUAUUUUUUGAUUGAAAAUUUUACAAAUUUUAUUAAAACGAAAACAUUAAGAGGGGUUUUAAUAUAAAAUUUCUAGAACUUGUGGAAACAUUUAUCUUUUAAGAACUACAAGUCUUUCUAUACAUGGAUCGCUUUAACAGAAUGUUAAUGUUAAUGCCAUCUUGUUGAUUUAUUGUUAUAAUAAACAACUGCGGUACUUAUGUACAGUAUGUUGAAUGUAUAUAACCGUCUUGUGUCUUAUCUUUCCAUUCCAACAAUAGUUUACAGAAAAAUAUGGCAUGUUUUAUUGAUGGUUUGAAUUGCGAUUAAUUACGAUUAAUUUUUAAGCUGUGAUUAACUCGAUUAAAAUUUUUAAUCGUUUAACAGCCCUAACAUAUACAUAAAUAAUCUAAACUACCUCAUAGCAAUUAAUUCAUAGCCAUUCACUUCAAUACAACAGGAAUUAAUAUAGGCUUGAAGUAUAUUUUUAUCCGUUGAAUGGGUAGCUUUAACUCACAGUUGGACUCAAUGUUCACAUGUCCUUCAGACUGACACGCUGCUGCAAUUAAGCGUUCUAGACCAGGUUUUAGUCAUUAGUCAUGCAGACAGGUGGAAGCAGGUGAAUUUCAAAUAGAGCGGUUUGCGCUACUGUGGACGUGAAAGAUGCUGAUUUAUUCUCUACCAAUCACAGCAGGAUCUAUCAUUCCCUUUGAAUGUGUAGCACUUAUGUACUUCUCAUAUGGAGGUAUCACUUUGCGGAAAAGGAUGGAUUAACUCAGCUUUUGAUGGACAGGUCGUCAUAUUACCUGGGUAGUCCUUUUUCCUCCAUGUUUCCCCUCUGCAGCUUUGCUAGCUGGCUAACUUCUCUCUGUGUUGCCUUUAUCUUGGCCUCUAACUGCCUCUUCCACGGUGGGUACUGAUUGCUAUAUGUUUAUUUAUUUUUUUGUAUACGGUGGCACAAUAGACGAGUGGUUAACAAAUUUGCCUCACAGUUCUGUAAUAUGGGGUUCAAUCCCAGGCUUUGGCCUUCUUGUGUGAAGUUUGGAUGUUCUCCCCAUGCCUGCCAGUUUUUUUUUCAGGGUACUCCUCCCACUUCUCAAAAACAUGCAAGGUAGGCUGAUGUUGUUGUUGUUGUUCGUCUCCUUGUGCCCUGCGAUUGGCUGGCAACCGAAUCAGGGUGUACCCCGCCUACUGCCCAUAGUUAGCUGGGAUAGGGUCCAGCAACUCCGUGACACUCGUUAGGAUUAGCGGCUCUGAAAAUUAAUGCCUGAAUGUAUAUGGCAGAAAACACAGACAAGGCUGAAAAAACAGUUUCUGCACUUGCACCCCUCUUUAUAAUAAACUCAGACGUCGCGCAACCGCUUUUGUUUCAACAUAGACAUAAAAAUAAGGUAAGUUAUCGUAUUUAUUAUUCGAAAUGUCAGUCAUUUUUAGCUUUGAAUCAUUAUUAUUAAUCAUUAAAAAAUUAUUCACUCGCAUAUUUUAAUCUUUUAAACAAAUGACGUCACAAUGAAAAAAAUGGUGUCUGUAAAAAAGUCACGGAUAUCUACCUCAUAACUAUUACUUAAUUGUAUUUUUUUUUUGUUAAAGUCGCAUUUUCUCCAAUAGUUUGGAUGAUAAAUAAUCGAUCCAAACAAAGAAAAAUUUAGAAAAAAAAAAAAAAAACUUUAAAAGGGUAAAUGUAUGAAAAAGAAAAUCUCGACCACUCCUUGAUGUCUACGAUUUCUGCAUCGCGACCCUUGUUAUAUUAUAUUGUUUCACCCAUAAAAUCCCCCAAAAAUCCAGCUGGGGCAAAUCACGGCUGUUUCUUGAUACUCGGUGAUACAUGCUACAUGGAGUUUUUGGAUCAAAAGAAGGUAAGUAUGCGAUAAUAUCUCGUUAAAGUCCUGGCGUCUGUAAUUCUGCUCUUGCGUGCUCUCACAUCCAGAUAUGGUUUUGCUGUUUAAAAAAAAAAUGUUUUCUUUUAAAAAUGCCCUCCUGUUCAAAAAUUUUCUUCCCCCAGAAAAUUGAGAUUUUAAGCUUAUCAAUGAUGUAUCACACAUGCAUAUCGGACAAUUUUGAAAUUUGGCCAAAUUGGGGAUCUCAGAGCGGAACUUCAAGUCACCUGAAUGUUUUCCGCCAUAUAUACAGUAUAUGUACAGUAUACGUAUAUACAUUUUUAUGUAGAUAUUCAUCCUCUAACUCUCUACACCCACGCUCCAUCACUUUACUUUAUUAUAAGUACACCUCUGCAAAGCCGCAUCUUUACAUACGCUCUUAGACAUGAGUGAAGUGUUCAUCCUGAUACAAAUGAAAUGGAUGGCGAGAGGACACAGAGAGUGCCACGAGAUGCUCUGCAUGUAUUUGUGUGUGCGUGGAUAGAAGAGGCAGAAACACAUUUGAUAAACAAGUGUAUGAUGAGGAAGACUAUAAGAUGAAGCAGGAGUCAAACAAUAUUAAGAGUUGUAAAGAGCGCUUAACUACAGUGUCACACAUCUCAGGGUGGGCCUUGAAAUGUGUGACAUUGUCAUUUCUUACAUACUGUAGCACAUUACAAAAGGCCACACUUAGACCAUUCACAUUGAGUAAAACAACCGUCUCCCAAAAUUGAGCCUCUCUUUUUUUAUUUUAUUAUUUUUUUUAAAAGGAGUGACAGGCAAAGUAAAGAAGGGUCAUGACAAUUUGUUAUUUAGCUGCAAGGUCAUUGUUAGAGCAUAUAAUGUGUGAAAACACCUUCACAGUUCGCCUGGCGCACUACACGAGAGCCCUAGAAAAACAACAAAACUGAGAAAGUGAAUUAUUCACACUCUGCCCCACAUCCCCACCUCCUCCCACCCACAGCUUGUGUGCGCAUGUGCGCUCGCUUAUGUGAGAUUUGACACAUACUGUAUGUGUGUGUAGACACUGGCGGAUGCUUUAAAUAAUGGAUGAAGGUAUAAACAGGAAGGGGAAAGCUCUUGAGCGCUUCAGAGUUGUGCGAUGUUGUCCUGCAGGUUGUGUGCAGGCAGGAACAGUCAGUGUAGGCAGAUGGGUAAUUAUCAGGCAAGGGGACGGCUGAACGCUCGCUGUAAGACACAAAUAUGUCUGCAUACCAACGUGCAGUUGGUGAUCUAAACACCAGGAGUAGCAAAGAAUUCAGCUCAAUUAUGCGUGACAGUUGCUUAUUUUCUUCAAAACCUACAUAACAUUGAAUCAAAGAAUCAAAACAUUUGGACACUGUGAUUAAUAAGUUACUUUGGCUAGGUUCAUACCGCAGGUUUUAAUCCAUGAAGCCGCUUUUUUUUUAACUUGACCGUCUGAAUGGGAAAAGCAGAAUAAAAGUGGACUAUUUCAAAUCCAAUCUAGGCCACUUAUGUAUGUGGUUAAAAUCCAAUCUUAGCCACAUUUUUCCAGAAUGUGGCUGCGGUCUGAACAGCGUAGUCCCCUAAAUCGGAAUUCAUGCAGCAAUUACAUCAGCGUAGAGCGAGAGAGAUGGGGCGCUACAGUAGUGGUGCAGCUGUGCAUUAGCGUUAGGCCUAGCUUGAACGCGACUUUUGGAGAGGGGGCGGGCUUGACAACAAUCAUAAAAAAAAAAAAAAAAAAAUUAAAAAGGUUGAGGAUUAGCUAGAGAAUGCUAGGUUUUCUCUCUGCUCCAUAAUAGCAAUAUUUCAAGAUUGCUAACAUGGCAGGGAGUCGGGGCAAACUGUCCAUAUGUACUAUAUGUGUGUGUUUCAUGUGUAGUCAUUUGUUUUGAUGCUCCUGCGGGGCAGUUUGCUCAGCGCAUCUCGGACUGCGAAUUAGUGCGCAUGCGUGAUACUUGAACAGGCUCUAUGGACAAAGGCAGUCUGAACAGGCAUGCCAAAAAAAAAACCAGAUAUGACAAAAUAUCGGAAUUGUGCAUUAAGACCUGUGGUAUGAACCUACACAUAGUGACUUCAAUUUCUUAAUUUUGCAUAUAGCCUCCAGCAUUUAAAUUUUACAUUACAUUCAUCAUUUGAACUCGAUUCAGUCUUUGACAAAUUUGAGGACUGAUAUUAUAAUUUUUUAUUUAAAAAAGAUAUCUAGAUAGCAGACCGACACUGAAAAGAUGUUGGAUCAACAUUCCGCUGUCGAUCUUAUAUCGUUGAAUCAACGUCACUUUUGCACCCUCAAUUAAUGUUGUUUCAACAUUAGAGCUGCAACGAUUAAUCGAUAAACCAAGUAAUAGAUUACAAAAAAAAAAAAAAGAUUCGAAUUAAAUUUUGCUGCUUCGAGUAUUCGUUUAAUUAAAGUGGUGUUGUAAUGGUUUAUUUUGAAAGAGUUUGCAUUUAGUUUUAUUGAUUUGGGUGGAUACCCUGCCCUCUUGUCUGCCUCAUUUCACAUGGGUGAAUCCAGCUGCUCCCUGUUAAGACCAACAUACGCUUUUGUUUGAUUUUUUUUUUUUUUUUAUUCAUUCGUAAUUUAGUUUAUAGGUGUAUUCAGCUGUCUUUUUUUUU